CAAUUUUGUAACUCUAUAACCAGCGUCAGCCGUCGAAGACAUACAUAUCCUUUGGACAAUGGGCAAAUGGGCAGCUACUCGCUCACAUGAAAGUAACCAGUCAAAGUGAUCUGAAAUUUGUUAGAUGAUUCUAACUCUGACACUCUUUUUUGUUUUCCAUGAGAGCCUAUUCUAAAUCUGCAUCCAGAUCUUCUCGACACAUAUUUGGCGGUCAAUCGAUUCUAAAUCUGCAUCCGUUGGAGCCAUAUUGGGUUCUCCCGGCUGAAACCAUACCAGAAGCUUCCGGUGGAAAGCAUCAUCAGUUUUUCGUGGGUACAUAGUCGCUAACAUCUCCAGCAGGCGUGACCCCGGGGAUCGAGAUAGCAAUCGGCUAAGGAUAUUCAUCAAUAACAGCUAGCAACGGCGUGUUCAUCAUUGGGCGCCGACGACUGGUGAUGUGGCACAGAUGCGACCAGAUCCAGCCAUGCCAAGCUUACACGUUCGAUGGCUACAAGACGGAGUUUGUGUUCCAGCUUCCGCAGAACUGCAGAAGUGGUCCUUUCGAUUCCCUGAGCAUCGAGAAUAAAUUCAACAUCGUCGACAACAAUAGGUAACACUCAGAAAAACUGAGUAAGUUAGCAAGGCUACAAACAUCUUCCAUUUAUGCAGUUUAUAUAUCCAGUUUAUGCCUUUUUAUCAAAAGUAAUAAUAACAUGUACAUAAAUCAGUUUUUCCUUGGGUUAAAUAAAUCAGCUUUUAAGAAGGUCACAGACAUGGCAAUGAGCAAAUGAUUGACGGUGCUCAACAAUUGGUGCAUCCAGACCAUCGGUGAUGAAGGACCAAUAGUAUUGGUGAAAAUACAGCACUCUUGGGGCCAUAGCCCACAUCUGAAGGUUAGAUUAACAAAUAAUACUUACUCUUUGGAGAAGCAAAACAUGGAUGAAUAUGAAACUCAUUUCACUGUUACGGAGGCGAAGCAUCGGGCGUGGAGGAGGCAAAGCAGUGUCCCAUCCACUGCAGCGACAUCAACGGAGGGCCAUAGACGGUGGCGACCAGUGCCUCAGCAACAAGUUUUCCAAUCUUGGGUAGGCGGGCCUGGAGCUUUCCUUUUCAGUGACGGUGGCCAACCGAGAGAUGACGCCAAAAUUAACGGGGCAGAAGGGAAACCAGCCAUAUCGAGGGAGUGGAGACAGUUUCGAGUAGGGAGUGGCGAGGCGAGUGGCGGAUUGCCAGUCUGUGCUUCUCUGGACUUUGGCACUGCAGCUUGCGGACUUUUGGAAGAAGAAGACCGAUAAGUUUUCUUCAACUUUGGCUCGGGGCUUGCGGACCAAGAAAUCAUGGUUUGGUUUACAAACACUACACUUUAAUAAUAUUGUUUAAAAACUUUCAACUUUCAAUAAACAUUUGGUAACAAAGUUUUAUAAGCACUUUGUUUUUUUAUGUCUUGGAUAUCUUUGGUUUUUUUAUAUCAUCAUUCUUGAGAAUGCUGAGAUGAUAAAGAGAUACGACAAGAUGAGAAAAAUCAUAGAAGUUAGAUGAAUUACUUGAGAGUACACUAAGACAUGAUCAAGACAUUGCUUUUUUUUUCCUGGCGGUGACAGUUUAUUUGUUGUGAUUGUUUUGAACGGCUCAUUUCCUGUUGUGACUGAUUUAGCAUUCUUCCAGGGUUGUAUUUAAAGUUUGUCCUCAUACAGGAGAUUUGUACCUUCAC